CUGUAGAGAUCAAUAACAUCCUGUCUGUCUGCAUCAGCACCAGCCCGGAGACCCUGUUCUGGUGCGGGCUUCUGUCUGUGGGGUGAAAUGGACAGUUUACCGGCAGCAGGAGAUCCUCGCUAUCUGAAGAGGAGAGUGAAGAGCUGCUCUCUGGAUGUCCACCCGACUGAGAAAGCCCUCGUGGUUCAGUACGAGGUGGAGGCCACCAUCGUGGGCGAGCUGGGGGACCCGGUGGUUGGAGAACGCAAGGAGUGUCAGAAAAUGAUUCGCCUGAAAAGCUUGAACGCCCACACGGACACGUCGUCUCUGGCUCGGAAGGUCGUGGAGGAAUGUCGGCUGAUUCACCCGUCGAAGCUCCGCGAGGUGGAGCAGCUGCUCUUCUAUUUGCAGAACCGCAAACAUUCAAACGACAGCCAAGAGAAGAAACGCGUCUCACCUCGAGACUUCGCGCCGUACGCCGGAGUGGAGCUGGACGAGGAGGCGAGCAUCAACAGCAUCGACGAGUAUGUGGAGCUGCUGUACGAGGACGUUCAGGAGAAGAUCCGAGGGGCUACGCUCAUCUUCCACCUGGCUCGUAACCCGGACAACCUGGAGGAACUCAUGCAGAACGAGAUGGCCCUCGGAGCCCUGGCCAGAGUUCUGAGGGAGGACUGGAAGCAGAGCGUGGACCUGGCAACAACCAUCACCCACGUCUUCUUUUGCUUCUCCAGUUUCUCCCAGUUCCACGGCCUGGUCACACAUUUCAAGAUUGGGGCCCUGUGUAUGAAUAUCAUUGAGCACGAGCUGAAGAGGUUCGACCUCUGGCAAGAAGAACUACAGAAGAAAAAGAAGGCCUAUGAAGAAUCCUCUGAGAACCAAAACCUGAAGAAGGAACACGAGAAGUCUUUCAGAAAGUACCAGAGCCUUCUGAGCAAGCAGGAGCAGCUUCUCAAAGUUGCUCUGUGUCUGCUGCUGAACCUGGCUGAAGACACCCACACGGAGCUGAAGAUGAGGAACAAAAACAUCGUCCACAUGCUGGUGAAGAUCCUGGACCGGGAGGACGAGGAGCUGCUGCUGGUGGUCGUCUCCUUCCUCAAGAAGCUCUCCAUCUUCAUGGAGAACAAGAAUGACAUGGCGGAAACCUUCGCCGUGGAGAAGCUGGCCCGGCUGGUUCCCUGCGAGCACGAGGACCUCCUGAGCACCACCUUACGCCUCCUGCUCAACCUCUCCUUCGACACGUUGCUGCGCAGCCAGAUGGUCCAGGCGGGACUCGUUCCCAAACUCUCCUCGCUGCUCGCUGACGAGGGCCAGAGACAGCUCAGCAUGUGCAUUCUGUACCACAUCAGCGUGGACGACAGAUUCAAGUCCAUGUUUGCCGACACAGACUGCAUACCGCAGCUGAUGAAGAUGGUGUUUGACUCAGCGGAGGAGAAGAUGGAUGUUGAGCUCAUCUCACUCUGCAUCAACCUGGCUGCCAACAAGAGCAAUGCCCAGGUCAUCUGUCAGGGUAAUGGUCUGAAGAUGCUGAUGAAGCGCGCUGUAAAGCUGAAGGAUGUCUUAGUGAUGAAGAUGAUCAGAAACCUUUCUCAACACAACGGACCCACCAAGAGCCUCUUCCUGGACCAUGUUGGUGACCUGGCAGCUCAGAUCAGUGAAGAGGAGGCUGAGGAGUUUGUGAUCGAGUGUCUCGGCACGCUGGCCAAUCUGACCAUCGCCGACCUGGACUGGGCGCUGGUUCUCAAGGAGUACAACCUGGUGUCCUACCUGAAGGACAGACUCAAACCAGGUUCUGCUGAGGAUGAUCUCAUCCUGGAGGUGGUGAUCAUGAUUGGCACCGUGUCCAUGGAUGACUCUUGCGCAGCCAUGCUGGCCAAGUCUGGCAUCAUUCCCGCUCUCAUUGAGCUGCUCAAUGCCCAACAAAAGGACGACGAGUUUGUGUGUCAGAUCAUCUACGUCUUCUACCAGAUGGUCUUUAACAAAACUACCAGGGACGUCAUCGUCAAAGACACGCAAGCGCCGGCUUAUCUCAUCGACCUGAUGCACGAUAACAACGCAGAGAUCCGCAAAGUCUGCGAAAACACGCUGGAUAUCAUCGCUGAAUACGACGAGGAGUGGGGAAAGAAGAUCCAGACCGAGAAGUUCCGCUGGUACAACGGUCAGUGGCUGGAGAUGGUGGAGAACCGCCUGAUGGAUGAAGCGGGAGAGCCCUUCCUGUACGGCGAGGACGGAGAGUCCUUCAUUGGGAACGCAGACAUCAUGGAGAGACCCGACCUGUUCUACAGCGCCGAUGGGAUCAUCUCCGCAGACGGUGCCAUCAGUCCUGAGUUCUACACCGACUUCCAGAACGGAGAGCUGGGACCAACUGGGUACAUGAGCAGCGUGUCGGAGCACUUCGUCCCAGCCGAUCGACCCGUCAGCGCCUACGGCUUCCGGCCCGACGAACAGUUUUUCUACAACUACAGCACCGCCUCCCGCCUGCCUAAAAAGGAAAACCGCAAAAUGAAUGAGUGAGUUCUGGAAGAUAAGUCUGGUGUUAUUCUUAUUAUAGGUUUUGUUCUUGUCUUUAAAUCUGUGCAGACCCGAACCGACCGUAGUCCCUCUCAGUACUGUCUGUGGCUCUCAGCGCCGAGCUCACCGGCUCCCACUAGUGGCCCAGUAAAACAUAACAACUGGGCAUUUUGCAAUAAAAGCAGCACAUUUGGCACAGAUGUAGAUUCAUAUCUUAUGACCAGUUCUCAAAAUGGCUGCCAAAUAGGUGCUUAGAUAUUCCUGAAUGUUCAGAAAUCUGAUUUUAUGACUCCUGAUUGUUGCCAAGGUUUGUUCAACCUGAUAUCAGAAGACUACAUGUUUUCUCCUCUUUAUUUAUAAGACUGACAACCAAUACAUCUGUAGAACAGCGAGAUCUUCAGGGAUUUAUUUACAGGAGGAGAACUGGAGAAUAUCACCAGACUUUUCCUUUAACACAAACUAUAUAUUUAUAGAAUCUGUUGUUACUCAUCACAGGUAAAAGUCUCCAACCAAAACAAAAGAUUGUUUGAUUUGAUGGAUGGCCCAAAGAGGUCGUAUAUAGAGCGAGAGAGAGAGAGAGAGAAUAUCCAGUACUUUCUAUAUUAUCCCUUUAAUAAUCUUGUGACCUCUGAGAUUGAUCUCGGGUCGCCUGCAGGGGUUCCUACCACGGGUUGAAACCACUGAGUUAUGCAUUAUGCAACAUGUAGUUGCAUUAGAGAUUUCUUUUUAUCACUUUAUGUUACGGGUCUAUAUUUCCUUAAUUAUCUCGCUGUAAUGUAAUUUGGUUUGGAGUGUUUAAUUGGUACACAUUUAACAGUCUCUUAGUCAGUGAACAGCAGGUUGACUCAGUUUGCAAACUCCAGGAAAGCAUAAACUUCAAAUACUAAAUGAGCAAUGAAUAAACAUUAAAGGCUCUGCAGGAUCUGCACCGGCUCCAGAGAGAACCUUUUGGUCGAGCUACGUAAGGAAACGAGUGAGGAGAGGGAGCAACGUUAGUAAGAACAAAGCAGUGAAGCAGAAAUAAAACUGAACACAGAAUAAGAAACUACAGACGAGGACUGCAGACGCACACUUGUAGUUGGGUCAUAGAGAGGUUCUGUCUGUAUGAGUCAGUCCUGCAUUGGAUGUCUUUAAAUGGAGCUUUUUCUUUCAAGGAAAUUAAUCUGGAAAUCUACAACCGUUUACAAACUGCACACAACUGACUCGACUCAAAUAUCUGUCACUGUUUUAACAAUAAUAAAUACCAAAUUACACAGUUCCUUCCAGGAAGAUAAUGAGAACAUUAUGGACCAUAAAGUGAAGAGUGACCCUUGGUUUCUUUACACACACACACACAGUCUGUCACUGGAAGCUCUGCAGUCGAGGAUUAAGAUGUCAUUCGUCUUUAUUUGUGUGAAUGUAAUUUAAGAAGAAAUGUUAACAGCCUUUUAUCGUCUUAUCUUGAAAAAUGUGUUUUAAAUAUGAACAAAAUGUUAAAGAAUCUGCUGCAUCUUUUUUUUUUUAUUAUUCAUGAUCUUGUCCUUGAUGUGCCUGAAGCGCCGCUCGCCUGCUGAAACACGAGAUACUCGUUCUGUGGUGCAAUAUAUCAAAUAAAUGGGAGGAAUAUUAUUGUAGUCAAACUGUAUUUAGUAUUUAAUCCGUCACAGAUGUUGGAUUACUCGCAGGUUUUUUGAUAUUUCUCCGUACAGUGUGUCUGUGAUUGGUUACACAAACCUUGUGGAGCAUAAAUAAAUAAUCAAAGCAU